AUGACAGUAAAGAUCGUAGACGCAAGCUUGUCGAGCUUCGAUCAAGUAGUCAGCAAGUUCAAAGCAGAGGCCUCCAAUUUCAGCUCCAACUUCAUCCUCUUCCUUGCCGAUAAUGAUCCUUCCAGCUGGUGCCCUGACUGUGUGAGGGCUGAGCCAGUGAUAUACAAGAAGCUUGAAGAAUCUCCUGCUGACGUCGCUCUCCUUCGAGCUUAUGUUGGUGACAGACCCACUUGGAGGAACCCCGCCCAUCCUUGGAGGCUCGAUUCCAACUUCAAACUCACCGGGGUCCCAACCCUGGUCCGCUGGGAGAAUGAAGCCAUCACAGGCCGGCUCGAGGAUCAUGAAGCUCACCUCUUCCUACCAAAAUCGACGCCCUUCUCUCUUCUGCCAAAUAGAAUAGGAUCCACACUGUCAUCGCCCUUUGUAACUGCCAUUAGUUGGUGUUCGGCUGCUGCUGCUGCUUUACUUUUGUUGCCUAAUAAUGGAGUUUGGACUCAACCUCCCAAUAAUGGAGUUGCUACUGCUAGUGCUAUGUAUAUGCUAGAUAAAUUGCUGCAGCUCGGGUGA